AUGACCAAGGAGCGUAUCAAGGUAGUGGUGUGUGGUGAUGACGUUUUAGGAGUUGGUAAGACUAGUUUAAUUGCGUGCUUAGUUAAAGACCAAUACAUUCCGAAUCUGCAAGAUGUUCUACCUCCGGUGACAAUUCCUCGAGACUUCUCAUCUAGUCCUUAUUCUCCGAAAAACACAGUUUUGGUUGAUACUACAAAUUUUGACUUAUCGAAUCUUCAUGGAGAAUUGAAAUCUGCCGAUGUCAUCUGGUUGGUCUAUUCCGAUCAUGAGAGCUAUGAUCGAAUUGCACUUUAUUGGAUGAUGAUGUUCCGAUCUUUGGGUGUCAAUCUCCCUGUAAUUGUUUGCAAGAAUAAAUGUGAUGACUACCUCACCCUUAAAGAUAGCAUUGAUUCGAGUGAGGCAAUGAUGCAGAACCCUUUUGCUGAAGAUACUAGAAUUGAAGAUGAAGAAUUCAUUCCUAUUCUGAGAGAGUUUAAAGAAGUUGAAACCUGCAUAAUAACAAGCGCGAAAAUGAAAUUUAACGUCAAUCAAGCCUUCUACCUCUGUCAACGCGCUAUAACGCAUCCAGUUGCACCGCUCUUUGAUGCACGUGUGGGCGAACUUAAACCAUUGACUGUUCUUGCAUUGAAACGUAUAUUUCUUUUAUCUGAUAUUGAUCAAGAUGGGUUUUUGAAUGAUGAUGAAAUUUCCAACCUGCAAAAGCGUUCUUUUGGGAAAAGUAUCGACAAAAACGAAUUGAACUCAAUUAAGAAAGCAUUGGCAGAUCUUUCAGCUCCCUCUCAAGAGUACGGCAACUUUACGCUUUACGUUCCUGGAAAAGGAAUAACCAAAGAUGGAUUUCUUGUUUUGAAUAAAAUUUAUUCCGAAAAAGGCCGGCAUGAAACCACUUGGGGUAUCCUGAGAGCUUUUCAUUAUACGGAUUCUCUAUCUAUCAAUGAUAAGGUUCUGUAUCCAAAAAUCGAUAUACCUGAUACCGCCAGCGUGGAAUUAAGUCCCGUGGGUUAUCGCUUUUUGGUUGAGCUUUUCAUCACUUUCGAUAAGGAUAACGACGGUGGACUGAAUGAUCAAGAGUUGAAUUUUCUAUUUAAAAGUACGCCAGGUCUCCCGAAACUUUGGCUCGAGACUAACUUUCCAUUUUCAACUGUUAUCAACAGUCAAGCUUUUGUUACAUUACAAGGAUGGCUUGCUCAGUGGACAAUGACAACUUUUCUUGAUUAUAAAACAACAACAGAGUACCUGGUUUAUUUAGGUUUUGAAAAGGAUGCUAGGCUGGCACUUCAAAUCACAAAAUCACGGAGACAGAGAAGAAGGAACGGGAAACUGUAUAGAGCGCCAGUGUUCGAUCGCAAAGUUUUCAAUUGUUUUGUAAUUGGAAAAGCUAAGGGUGGUAAAAGCUCUCUAUUAGAGUCGUUUUUAGGGAGGUCCUUUUCUGAGACUUACGCUCCUACCAUAAAACCGCGUAUUGCAGUUAAUAGUCUAGAAUUGAAAGGUAGUAAACAAUACUAUUUGAUUCUGCAAGAAUUUGGGGAACAAGAGCCUGCAAUUAUAGAAAAUAGUGCUAAAAUGAAGGAAUGUGAUGUGUUGUGUUUAAUGUACGACUCUAGCGACCCGGAAUCGUUUUCACGAUUAUUUUCCCUAAUCAAUGAACAUGCACAUUUGCAGGAAUUACCUAUGAUAUUUGUAGCAUCAAAAGCUGAUCUAGACAAGCAGCAGCAAAGAUGUUAUGUACAACCCGAUGACUUCACCGAUCAGCUGCUUAUUGAUCAUCCCUUGCAUGUGUCGUCGGCGUGGCCAAGUUCCUUGAAUGAACUGUUCAUAAAAAUUGCGGAGGCUGCCCUUGAGCCGGCAAAGAACACGCCAGGGUUGUCCCCAGAUGUUAGGAAGGAAGACGUUGAUUAUUGGCAAUAUGCAUUACUGGCAACCUCCGCAGUUGGAUUUGUUUCCUUAUUUACGUUUAUGGCAGUAAAACUUACAAAAGGAAUGAGGAAUGGUAGCUGA